AGGGAUCUUACAACCACUCACUGACUAACCAUUACAACCACAUUAACCGAAACACAUGCUCAAAACCUCAUUUGCACCAGUGGCAAGAAUUGGCAGACUAUCCACCAAAGGCUCAGUGCUGUUAUUGUGUGACAUGCAGGAGAAGUUCAGACCCAGUAUUUUCCAGAUCACAAACAUUGUGAGCAAUGCUGCAAGAUUGCUACAGGCAUGUCGAAUCUUGGGCAUCCACCAGAUUUGGACAGAACAGUACCCUAAAGGUCUGGGGGCUGAUGGGUUGAAGCCUCAUGCAAAGACCAGUUUUUCCAUGCUGUCUGGGAGUGUGAACAGCUCACUCAAGUGUUUGGGAGAUCCUCAUGCACAACCUAUGAUCUCCUGGAGCGGGGCAUGGAGGGACAUAUUGUAGCAGAUGCUGUCUCCUCUCGAAGAUCCAGAAGCUGUUGGCUCACCCCUCCCCUGAUACAGGCCUGCUGGCCUUCCUCAGCUCUCUGUAGGGCCAGUCACACAGCACACCCUACAGACAUUAUUACAUAAAUUACUAUAACUCAGCACAAACAGCUCUCUGAACCAUCUCAUUGGACUCCUGUGAGCUCUGUGCUCUGUUUGCAUAAUCAUACAGUACUUUAAAAGAAAUGCAUAUUUUAAUUUUUUUGUGUAAUUUCUUGUCAGUAAUCAGUAACAAGGAAUCAAAGAAGAGUUAAAAAGUUCAAAUGAAGAGUUAUUUUCUAUUAGGGAUGCGCACAAGUAAUCAACUAAUCGAGUACUCGUUCAGCAUCAGCUAAUUGACUUAAAAAUACUACUCGAAAAUCGCAAAUGUAUUGUCUUUUGCAUAUUUGUAGGCAAUGCUGAAUUAUACUGUAUUUUUCACCAAGUCUAGCAGUCACAACCAAAUAAUUAAUGCUAUGAGGAUUGUAAAGAAAUGUAAUGAUAAUUUAAUUAAUGCAUAUUGUUUUUUUUGUUUGUUUUUUUUUUUUUUUGCUUUCAAAGCAAACACAAAGUUUAAGUUAGCUUAUUUAGAAACCAUUCUUGGUGACAUUUGUGAAUAAAACAGAAUAUAAAUUUAAUGGAUGUGCCAUACCUGUUAACUUACAUUUUAAUUUACAAGUAAUAGAUUACUUGUUUUUUUGUGGGUUGGUGUACUCAACUACAAAGUUCCUCAAUAAUUCUCAUCCCUAUUUUGUAUUAAAUUCUGUACAUGCAUCACACUAAAAUGAGAAUAAAGCUUCCUGUACCAUAAUAGAGGCCUUUUGUAUAUUAAUGCAUAUGGUGUGUAUAUGGGUUAUGAUAAAUACCAUUGUAAUUAUACAUAGUUUCUGACUUUUGUUACUAAUGUUUUUUCUUAAUGCAUUAUGGCAUGAGCAUUGUUUCCCAACUUUGUUUGCCAAAUGUACCCCCAAAAAUGUGUCAUAUUUAACUCAUUUGAUACUGUAUAACAUUUAGCAUUAUCUUUAAUAUUAUAAAGUCACUUAAAAGUCCAAAUAGUACAUGUUCUGCUAUGAGUGUCAUCCACAUACAUUUUUUAAACUUGCAUUCAUUACAAACAUUAUUUUGUUUUCGUACCCCAUGGCUUACACAUACCCCUGGUUGGAACUGACAGAGUAUGAAGUGUGAACUGCAC